UCGGCCGCCAUAUUGCUUGCCUAGAUCAACAUAUUGUUUGUCUUGUUGAAUAUUGGCUGAUAAAAUUUUCGUUUGGCUUUAAUUACUUGUCGCAUUCGUGCGAUUAAAUCUAAAACGAUAAAACAUUCCUAAAAAUAAUUAUGGACUCCCUCGUGGGUUACGGUAGUGAUGAUGAUAAUGAAUCUGAGCGAUAUUCAAGCCAUCAAUACACGGGCUCGAGUGGCGGCACAGGAGGCUUCAGGCGGCGCGAUGACGACACCAACUACGAUGACGUCAACAUGGACAUGAGCGAGGAUUCACAAGGGGAGUCUGAACCAGAACUGCCGCCUGCUGAGCCUGCACCUGCCAGAUAUAACAGAGACGAUCACCGAAGCUCAGUUGAUACCCGUGAGCGCGAGUCAGACCGCCGCGACGUCGACCACGAGCGACGCGACAAACGCCGCGAGACGUCGCCGCGUGCGCGACCGGACAAGCGGACGCCCACGCAGUCGCGACGAGACGACCGAUGCAGGUUAGAAAAGUCGGAUCGCAGUCGCGGAAGCUACGAUAGCGGUCCAUCCCGACGCGGUUUGCUAGGCGACAGGCCUGACGACCGCCCUGCAGAUUCUAAGCCACCAGCUCUAAUGGAUCUGAAACCUUUUGGCGGCGAGCCGCCACCAGGCUUCGGCAGAGACGCUCGUGACGCCGUAUCGCCCAGGUUCACAGAGCGUGAGCGGGAACGCGACCGCGACCGCCGCUCGCGAGACCGCGCGGACCGCAGCGACCGCGACAAAGACCGCGAGCGCGACAGGGAGCGGCACAGCCGGCGAUCCGAGGAGCGACGAUCGGGUAACAGCAAACAUGGGGAGCACAGAUCCAGAUCACGGGGCGCUGUCGCUUUCCCACCUCAGGGACAUUCCUCUGGAGAGAGGCGUGGAUCGCCUCCUUCCGGAGAUUACAGACCUUCAUCUUACAAAGUCAAUAAGAAAUUAGAAGUUAUGGAAAAAAUGGGUCUCCAGAUCAAGACGCCGGAUGGGUCGAUGGCGACAGCGCAGCAGCUGCGAGCGGCCGCCAGCGACGUGCCUACACAGUCCUCCGGCCUGCCUUCAUAUUACAAUUCAAGCGCUGUGCAAAAACGCAAGCUGCUAUGGUCCAAUAAGAACAAGUCGGAGGCGGAGGAAGCGGCCAAGUGGAGCGGCACGCGAUUCGCCCAGGACAACGAUGGCAAACAGGUCUCCAAGUUUAUGCGGCUAAUGGGUAUCAAGCAACCAGAAGCAGUAAAAACUGAGCCGGUAGACAAAACAGCAGAUCCAAUAAAAAAGCAAGAAGAGUUAUUCCAAGCUAUGCAAGCUCAAUACGAAGUCGCAAGAGCCACCACGCACACUAUGCGCGGCGUUGGCCUUGGCUUCCAGAGAGGACAAUAUUAGUGUUUUUGGACAGUGUUUUCGUGCAUUGAUUCUAUAGAUCUCUUAUAAAAAAAGAGUGCUAAAAUUAGGUAAUAAAGGAUACUUUUAAAUUGUUUAGUAGUUCGCAGUACCAUUAACGGUACAGACGGCGCAAGCUUACAAACAAACCGUCAGUUUCUAAUGGCUUAUUUAUUACGCAUUGGAUAUGUGAACUAUAACGUAACACCAGGUUACAUGUAGGUAGAUUGUGUUAAAAUGUGUUUGUACUAGUUAUAUAAAAUAAUGCUUUAUAUGAUGUCAUCAAUGGACAGCUUUUAAUAUGUGAAUGCUGUCGUAGGCGCGUUAAGAUGUGUACUUUUGUUGCUAGAGAAAUCUAGAAAGAAAUGCUGGUACUCAACAUGUUGCGUUUUUCUUAAGUAAUUAUCUCAUGAUAUUGAUUAAUAGCCAUGUGUGAUAAAAAUAAAGCUAAAUGUUCUGUAAAAACAAUAAUCAUUGUAUAACGAGCCAAUACAGAUCUUCCUUUUAUUCCUAAUGCUAAAUAUUCUAGUUAUUUAUUUAAGCAUGUUAUUAUACUUUAUUUUCAUUAAUGUAAAUACAGUGAUUAUUGAUUUUGUUAAAUAAGUUAAUAAAUAAUAUGUGAAAUUAAUUAUUUAGGCGUUUUAUUA